AUCAACAAAUUAGACAAAAAAGAAGAAUUGGAAAUCUUUUUCUCAGACAAAGUAAGUACUGAAUCUGAAGAUGAUUUGUAUUAUAACUCUUGGGAAGACAAAUCUAGCCUAGCCAUAUAUCUUACCGAAUUUAUGGAAGGUUUAAAUCAAGAUGAUCAGAAAAUAAGUUACAAUGUUGGAUUAAAAGUUACUACUAAACAGCAACAAGAAGCUCGUGAAUUAUUAGUUAAGAACUAUGACAUUAUCACUACAGAUAUAUCAAAAAAAGGCCAGACUAUAGGAUAG